CGAGAUACAGGUAGGAUGCCGAGAAAGAAGAAGGAAGGUUGGAAAUGGGUUUGUGCGAAACAAAAUCACCAAAAAUGUCAAAAGUGACCAAUUUUUUCCAAAGAAGCCUUUUUUGAUGUCACAAGCUUAAUUAAGGUUCGUGCUCCCUCCAACACCACCAAUUUGCCAAUUUGCCGUUGCACAGCCCGCAUUCACAACCCUAUUUUUCCUUCAAUCCAUCUGAAACCAUGGGAGCACCUGUUGAUGAGAACGAAGAAGUGGACAGUGCCGAUGAAGCCUUGCUAGAGCUGUUGGGUCUGUCUUCCUUGGAUGCCGUCAAGGGAGACGACGACGAGAAUGACGAUCGAGAGGUUGCCACUAAUAGCGAUCCUCAAGAUCAGCUGCUCGCAUUGGACGCACGAGAAUUCGAGAAUGUAUCGUGGACAGAGCUAAUUACAGAAUACCAUUCGACGGGAAUUUGUGUGGUACCUUCGUCACUCCAUGUUCCAUCCGAACUGAUGCGUCGUAUGACGGACGAGUUGGUUUGGGGAGGCAACACUGUGCAAGCCGACAAGACGUACGAGACCAUCAAGGUGUGGAAACAAGGCGAGCUUCAAGAACGACGGACUCUGACGCGUUUGGAAAACUUUGUCGACUACCAUGACGGAUGGAAAUCUCUGUGUCAUGGAUAUUUGAGGCGCGUCAUUUCUGCCUUGCUCGGAGAAGAAAUGGUCUUGUUCAAGGAAAAACUCAAUUUGAAACCCCCGGGUGGAAGCGGUUUUGCUCCUCAUUUGGAUGGACCGUCCUUGCGAGUGGCAUUGGAAGAAGGACCCACCAAGUUUGUGACUGUCAUGGUAGCUAUCGACAAUAUGACAAGUCAAAAUGGAUGCUUACGAGUUUGCAAGGGGGCAUGGAGUGAAGCAUCGCAUUGUCCCGUUGUGGAACCCGAAGAGGAUGGCAAUCCCGAUGCCGGAGGUCGAGCCGGGGCCAUUCCGAGCGACGUUGCCGAAACGAUGGAUUUUGAAGAUAUCGGUUGUCCAGGAGGCGCCAUUGCAGCCUUUAGUGACUGGGCUCCUCAUCGAUCGGCCGCCAACCAAUCGCCAUUUUCACGACGAGCCGUCUUCCUCACCUACAAUCCAGCUUCCCAGGGCGAUUUUCAUGCCGCAUAUUACCAAAAAAUGCAAGCACUCCGGGACGAGUGGAAGACGAGGAUUGGAUUGGACCACAAUCGAACGCAGUGGGAACAAGAUCAGCAAAAUGAUUUGGCGGGCCUAGCCACUAUACCGAGGAUAUAGAGUUCCAGCCAGCUCCAAUCCAUUCCCAAUGUUACCGGGAGGAUUUUAAUUUUAAAAUGCCUUCUGGCAGCAGUUGCAAGUCCAAAACGGAGGAUGCGCUUUUCUAAUUUAGAGUGAUCUAAAAUGGCUAAUAGAAUGAAUGGUAUGGUAUGGUAUUGGGAUAAUAGUGUUGAUGUUGUCAU